AUGAAAGGAAGGGCCUAUGUAAUGAUCUUCUUCUUCUGGGCUCUUCUCACCAUUAUCACCCCAAUGCUAGUUAGCUGGUCUCAGGCUCUCAAAGAACAUAAAACCAAGGACUCUGGUCCAAGACGAAUGAUGGGAUAUUCAGCAGAAAUGUACUCGACAAUAGAGUUUGUUGACCGGUUAGAAGAAGAAGAGAUGACGAUGGAGCCGUCGAUGGCGCCUACGCCUGAAGAUAGCCGUGUUUUGCCUUCGACAAAUCAAACUUUAAAGCUGAUAAAACAACAACAAGGAUCAAAACAUAAACAUCCUAUGAGUUUGCGAUAA